AUGUCGACAUAUAACACCACUGAGCCAGUGGCUGGAUUGGCAAACAACAGCAUAGAUGGUGAGGACAGAGACAUCCACCAAACCCAAAACCAAACCCAAAACCAUGCUGUGUUCGAUGAUCAACCUGAUGAUCGGUACGAGUAUUCGGACUCUGCCUCAGAGGAUGAGGCUUUGGAUAAACCAAAGGAAAAGACAAGGAGACCUGCUGAUAAUGCAUUUAGACAACAAAGGAUGAAAGCUUAUAACCCUGUCUUUACAGCAAAAACUGUGAUCCCGGUAUUGAUUGGAAUAGCUAUAAUUUUCGUGCCACUUGGUGCCGCAAUGUGGUAUGCCUCAUACAAGAUCCAAGAAAUUACCAUUGAUUACAGUCAAUGUGAGAACUUGGCCAAUGAAAAUUACUGGACUGAUAUUCCGCAAAACUAUACAAGUUUUGACUAUAGAAAGCUGUUCAAUGAUUAUCAGCCUUCUUAUAGUUGGAAAUUGUCCACGGAUAACUCGCAACAAUUUGAAGAUGAAAGACGUGUGUGUCAGAUCCAAUUCCAAGUCUUGCAGAGAAUGAAAGGUCCUAUUUACUUGUAUUAUCGCUUGCACAACUUCCAUGCAAACCAUCGUCGAUUUGUCAAGUCAUUCAGUGAGGAUCAACUCAAUGGUAAAGUGGCCAGUCUCGAUGACAUCAAGAAUACUGUUGGCCAAAAUUGCCAACCCUUAUCUGAUGUCGAUGGUGUACGUAUUUAUCCAUGUGGCUUAAUUGCAAACAGUUUGUUCAAUGAUACUUAUUCUACUGCUUUCGAAGCAGUCAAUGGUACUAGCAGCUCUAAAACUUUGGAGCUUACUGUUAAGGGUACGAACUGGGCUACUGAUAAGAAUAGAUUUAAAAAAACCAAAUAUAACCAUACACAGAUUGUGCCACCGCCAAAUUGGUACAAGAUGUUCCCCAAUGGCUACAAUGAAACAAACAUUCCUGAUAUUUCGGACUGGCCACAAUUUCAAAAUUGGAUGCGACCAGCUGCAUUGGCUACUUUCAACAAAUUGGCACUUCGUAACGAUACGAAUGAUUUAGAUAUUGGCGUUUAUCAAAUCGAUAUUGGAUUGCAUUUCCCAGUAUUACCUUACAAUGGUAAAAAAUACAUUUACAUUACUCAGAGGUCCGUUAUUGGUGGCAAAAACGACUUUUUAGGCAUCAGUUGGAUGGUUGGUGGUGCAAUUUGCUUUGCCUUGGGUUUGGCUUUGUUGAUUGUUAAUUUUAUCAAGCCAAGAAAGACCGGUGAUGUUAACUUGUUGAGUUGGAACAAAGAAAAGGUUAAAAGAGACGAGGAUAGUGCUGCGAAAUCGAGUGGAUUUCUGGGGUAA